ACACAUGAUAAAUUAAUUUCUGACAAGCGUUUAGAAGACUCAAAUUUGUUGCUCUUAACAACGGACAAAGUUAGAAAGAUGUCGGGCUUACCACGGGAGGUUUUAAAAUGGAUUCAGAGCUUAGAUUUGACUUGGCAGAUAAAGCAACCGAAAUGGGAUUUAACGAAUGGAUAUUUGAUAGCAGAAAUCUUCUCUUGGUACUUCCCCCAAGAUAUUCAGAUGCAUUCUUACAACAAUGGAACUUCAUUAGAUUCUAAACAGAAGAAUUGGGAUCUUUUGAAAUUGUUUAUAAAAAGACACAAGCUGGAGAUACCCGAGGAACUGAUAGAGGGGACAAUCCAUUGUAAGGAGGGGGCAGCACCUUCCCUGUGUGAGAGGAUUUACGAACUGUUGACCAACAGAAAGUGGGUAUCUGACAGGGUGAAGAAGCAAUCCCCCGAGUUUGAAGUGGACUUCACAGAUAGUGCCUACCAGAUGCAGCUUCCAAUGCAUGCCAGGUCUACUGCAUCUAAAGCCAUCAAAAACAACCUCCGUGUUACUGAAAUCAUGGCCGACCCAAACCUCAUACUCAGUGCUCAAAAGGCCCAGAAAAUUAUCAAUGAUCACAUACAACACAGGAACAUUGAGAGACUGGAGAACCCUGACAGAUUCAAUGUGAAGCCCACAGUGGGAGAGAAGUGUCUAAGGAGACCCCCUCCCCAACCCUCCCAGCCAACAUUCGAAGCUGAAAGUACACAACACACAUUUACUGGAGAUCCUAGUCAGAAGCCAGGAGGAGAAGACAAUCCACUACCAAUGUCGAGAGAACCAAGUGUGCAAUUCAAGGAGAUAGAAGUGAAACAACUGGACAAAUCUGCUUUAUACAAUAUGCCAAUCCAAGGUUAUUGAUAUUUAUCUGACGUUAAGUGUGUAUAAAUAAAAAUGACAAUAAAACUUUGGUGUUUCGUUUUAGGAACUGUAAUGAAUCUGAUGAUGUAUAACAGAAAAAUCAUCCAUGUGUUUUUGGUCUUUAAGUGAAUUGUUUUGCAUUUAUAAAUUGUAUACAAUAUAUUUAUGAUGUAAUUAAAUACUGCUAUAACUGCAUGCAGUUUUAAGAUUACUAUUUAUUCGUUAAGAUUUCUUGUAAGAAUCAACUGACACAUACGAUGCUGUUGUAGAUUCUGUGUGCGAUUCGAAAGCCUAUGCUCGUUAAGUUUUAAUUUUUCUGUCAUUAAAUACAUUAAUUUAUACCAGUUUUGUCAACUGUGCCAAUACUUUUUGUAUAUAUCCUCAUGUAUAUUUCUCAACAUUAAUUUUGUAAAUAAAAUCAUACUAAAAGGUG